AUGACAACGAUGAAAGACCACCUGCAGCACGGCGGAGAGGCGGCGCGCAGCGACGCCUUGUCCAAGAUCCGUGGCAACGUGGUGGCUAUGGCCAUGGAGUCGGAGCUCUCGAGCCGCGCGGUGCAGGAGGCGCUCAAGGUUGCCAACCGGCAGACGCAAACGGACCUCUCUUUGGAGCUGACUGGGCACAUUGCAGAGGUGGCUUUGUCCUUGCACGGCAACCACGUACUCCAGCGCGUGAUCGAGGUGCUGCCCGCCACGAAGACCCACUUCAUCGCGGAGGAGCUCAUGGCGCGCGCCAAGGAGGUGGCCCACAACGUCUUCGGCUGCCGCAUCUUCUGCCGGCUGCUGGAGCAGUCCUCAACCCUAGCGGCGACGCAGGAGCUCAUCACCAAGGUGAUGAAGGAUGCGGAGGAGUUGGUUCAGCACCAGUUCGGCCGCUUCGUGGCUCAGGCCAUUCUGGAGCACGGCUGCGACAGUCAGAGGCGUAGCUUGGCGCAUGCACUCAGGCAUCGCAUCAUGGACAUGGCCCAGCACCGGAAUGCCAGCCACGUCAUCGAGAAGGCUCUCAUCUACUGCGCACCUACAGAGAGGCGGGCAUUGGCCAUCGACCUCCUGCAGCAGGGCUCCACGGAGGAGUCGGGCAUCGAGCUGCUGGCGCGUACGCAGUACGGCGGCUUCGUGGUGAAAGCUUUGCUCAACUUGGGCAACGACAUUGAGAUUGAGGCCCGGCGGCAGCUGAUGGAUCUCAGCCAGCGCUGUGCUGACCUGAAGGCGUCCAAGGAGACCCGCUUCGUGGAGCGCCUUCUGAAGGAGUUGAGCUAUUUGCCAGACGAUGAGGAGAAGCUUCCCAUGGCAGAGACACGUCGCGGAGUCCGGGGCAGGAGAGGCAGCUGA